UAUUAAUUUCCAGCGACUUGGCUUGAGGUCGCACAGGUACGGAAGCUCGGUGGUAUUUACCAGAACAUAUUGGAUAAAUCAACCUAAAUAUUCUCCUUCUGAAGUUAAUUUUCGUUUUGUGAACAGGCAGAAAGACAAUAUAGAUACCAGGAUAACUACAUGUACAUGUAUCAGAAACUGAAGAAGAUCUUGGAAAUAUGGAGACGGAUUUCUUCAUCAGCAACAUCCAGAAGAUAGUCCUUUAUGAAACCAAAGCUAGGUUUUACAUCAUAGGGUCCAACAAUGCUGAAACCGAGUUCAGAGUGUUGAAAAUUGAUCGGACAGAAGCUAGAGAGCUACUCCUCACAGAUGAUAAGAUCUCCUACACUCUCCCUCAAAUCAAGGACCUCCUGCAGACACUGCGCCAUGGCAACAGAGGGGCCUCCCCUGCCCCCUCCUCGUCAUCGAACCCCAUGGCUGGAUGGUCUCGAAAUGUCUCUGCUUUCGGGAUAGCUGGCUUUGUCAGAUUCCUAGAGGGGUAUUAUAUCAUCCUGAUUACGAAGAGGAAAAAGGUCGCUAUUAUUGGAGGUCACACCAUUUACAAGAUUGAAGAUACUUCCAUGGUUCAUAUCCCUCACGACAACUUUCGCAAGCAACAUCCCGAUGAAGCAAGGUACCUGAAGAUGUUUCAGAAUGUGGAUUUGUCCAGUAAUUUCUACUUCAGUUAUAGCUACGAUCUGACACAUUCUUUACAACACAACCUGAGUGCUUAUCAAAACAAAGGUGAAGUGGGGAAUCCCCGGGUGGUACCCAUCCACACCAAGCCCAAGUUUGCCUGGAACCACUACCUAUGGAACAGGUUUCAGGACCAGGUCCAUCCUUGCUGGGCCAUCCAUGUCAUCCACGGUUUCGUGGGACAGUGCAAUAUUUGCGUCUUUGGUAGACCAGUGCUGAUGACACUGGUAGCAAGAAGAUCUGCUCAUUAUGCUGGCACAAGGUUCCUCAAACGUGGAGCAAAUUCUGAGGGAGGAGUUGCCAACGAGGUGGAAACUGAGCAGAUUGUUCACGAAGCUUCCUUGUCCGAGCUCAAGAGAGGGCGCUUCGCAUCGUACGUCCAGCAUCGUGGAUCCGUGCCGGCCCUUUGGUCUCAGGACAUCACCACUAUGGUACCUAAACCACCCAUUAAUAUUGACAUGGCUGAUCCCUUUGCCCAUCUAGCAGGACGUCACGUCAAUGACCUGUUCAGUAGGUUUGGAUCUCCUGUCAUUGUUGUCAAUCUUGUCAAGAAGAGAGAAAAGAGGAAAAGGGAAAGCCAUCUGACAGAAGCUUUAUCCGCUAGUCUUUCCUACUUGAACCAGUUCCUCCCUCCCAAGCACCAAGUACAGUACAUACACCUGGACAUGGCAAGAUACACCAAGAAUAAGAACGCGGAUGUGAUGUCAAAACUGGAGAAGAUAGCUUCAAGGUCAGUUGAGAAGACUGGUAUCUUCCUGAGCGGACAUGCCAUCCACCCCAGCAUACCCGUCAGAGAAGGCGCCAGGACUGAUAUACCUCAGGAAGGUACUUGUGAACAGGUCUUCAUCAGACAGAUGGGUGUGGUGAGAACCAACUGUGUGGACUGUCUGGAUAGGACCAACACGGCACAGUUUGUCACCGGAAAAUAUGCUCUCGGUCAUCAGCUUUACUCUCUGGGUGUGGUUGCUGAUCCUGAGCUUGAGUUUGACUCAGAUGUAGUAAGGAUGCUAGAGGAUCUGUAUGAAGACAUGGGUGAUACAUUGGCCCUGCAGUACGGUGGCUCUCAGCUCGUUCACAGUAUCAGUACGUACAGGAAGAUCGCUCCGUGGACCUCACACUCAAGGGAUAUCAAGCAGACCCUGUCACGCUACUAUAGCAAUGCAUUCUCAGACAAUGACAAACAAAGUGCAAUCAACCUAUUCCUGGGAGUGUUUACACCACGAGAAGGACGGCCCAACCUUUGGGAGUUGCCCACGGACUACUACCUUCAUCACACCGAUGCAUCGGGCACUGGCACAGACAAGAGAUGUGCCCGGUGGUGCGACAACAGCGUUUUGGAAAGUCUUCCCUUGCCAUGCGAAGAAGUCCAGAAGUUUGUGGUCAUGGAAACGGCAGAUAUGGACCACCUUCCGGAGGACUGCAUCGACACGUAUUUGGACCUUUACCGUCCAUUCCAGCUGGCGUUCUUGGAUGAGAAUUUUUUCUUCAAGCUUAUCCCUCACUCACUUAGGCAUUACUCAAGUCGAGAUUCUAAGGAACUGAGUCCUUUCACAGCUAGGGUGACCCAAAGCAAGAGAGCUGAGGAUAACAGUUCCAAGGCAAGCCGGGCCGCCAGAGCGGGCACACCCAAAUCCUCUUCGGAAGAUGGCUCCACCUCCUGCGGGACAUCGUCCAGUAGCGAUGAGACAUCGGAUGAUAGUUGCUUCGACGCAGGACUAGGGACUGCAUCGCGGUCAUCACUCACCAUGAAGGAUAUGUUUCCUUCGAUGAAGGAAGCCUAUGGAGUACAGAUCAAACCGCCGGAGAGAAAAGACGUGGCUUUGUAUCAAAGGAGCACAACAAUCUGGGAAAAUGCUGGGUUUUCCACUGUGGGACUCAACUCACAGCAGGAGGUAAUGACUCUUCAUUCAGACAUCUCUGAUUCACGCAUCAAACGCUGUAUGAAAAGGGCUACAAGGAUAAUCCCAAGCAGCGGUUUCUCCUUGGAUACGUCGGUGCGGGUGACACCGCCGACCGUGGAUCGCGCGUCUCGAGCCAAGUACGAGGCCCAUGUGCUGUGCGGAGCCAACGGUCCAAGACCCUGUUUGGCCAAGGACCUGAGUCGGUACAGAGAGUACUUCAGGGAACCAAGGCAGUUUACCAGGCAUAAGUGAAGAGAGUCACCAUCAGUAAAAAAAUUUACAAAGUGCAUGUUAAUGUGUUGUAACGCAUAAAGUCUCUAGACAUCCCUUGUUUGACCUCAAAGUAACCCACUGGAAUGAACUUUUAAUCCUCGUCCUACUACCAGUACUCACCCCAAAUUCUACAGUACCGGUAUUCAUAGAAAUAGCGGGUGGGAAUCGGAUAAGAAUCAUUAAGUGUAUGUCAAUGUGCUGUAACACAUAAAGUCUCUGAAGACCGUUGUGUGACCUUACUAAAAGUAACCCACGUAAAUGAACUUUCAAUCCUCGGCCUGCUUCACUCCCCCUCAAUUCUACAAUAUCGAUUU